GAGCAGCAGGACGGAAGCGCGGGGCAGCUGAUCUAGCGCUACAGUACAGUGGUUCAGCGUUAUGAGCGCAUCGGGAUCAAAGCGCGGCGCGAUCAUCGCGCUGCUGGCCGCGGUGUGCGGCGUUUGCCAAGCGCUGUUUCCCCGGGAAUCUCCCAGCAGAGAAGUGAAAGAUGUGAGCGGGCUCUGGAGCUUCAGAGCGGAUCUCUCUCCGGACCGCAACCGCGGCUUCGAGCACGAGUGGUUCAAGAGUCCACUGGCCGAGACAGGUCCUGUGAUUGACAUGCCUGUACCCUCCAGCUACAAUGACAUCACACAAGAUGCCAGAAUCCGGGAUUUUAUUGGCUGGGUGUGGUACGAGAGGGAAGAGUGGGUGCCCGACCGCUGGAUCCAGGAUCAGGGGGCACGGAUCGUGCUUCGAGUGGGAAGCGCACACUAUUACGCUGUGCUUUGGAUAAACGGGGUCAAGAUGACAGAACACGGGGGCGGUCACCUCCCCUUCGAGGCCGACAUCAGCAGCGUUCUCCGGCAGUCUUCCUCGAACCCGAUCCGGAUCACCAUCGCCGUGAACAACACUUUGACUCUACAGACUCUACCACCAGGAAGCAUCCAGUACAUGACCGACCGUACCAGAUAUCCUGCUGGCUACUUUGUUCAAAACACUAAUUUUGAUUUCUUCAACUACGCUGGAAUACACCGAUCCGUCCUGCUUUACACCACACCGCAGGUUUAUGUCGAUGACAUCACCGUGGAGACGUCAUUCUCUGAUAACGUCGGGCUGGUCAGUUAUAAUGUCUCGGUGCUGGGAAGUUUUAAGUCUGCUGUGAAAGUGACGCUGUCCGCCAAAGACGGACGAUGUGUGGCAACAGCCAGCGGGAGCAGAGGAGUUCUCAAAGUCACGGAUGUCAAUCUCUGGUGGCCGUAUCUGAUGCACGAAAACCCCGCUUAUCUGUAUUCAAUGGAGGUUCAGGUUACAGCUGAGGACGGACGGACAGAUUUUUACACUCUUUCAGUGGGGAUUCGCACCGUAAAAGUCACCAUCACACAGUUUCUUAUCAACAACAAGCCGUUUUACUUUCACGGAGUCAAUAAACACGAAGACGCAGAUAUUCGGGGGAAAGGGUUUGACUGGCCUCUGCUGGUGAAGGACGUGAAUCUGAUGAAGUGGUUGGGAGCAAACUCGUUCCGCACCAGUCACUACCCAUACGCUGAAGAGGUCCUGCAGAUGGCCGACCGUCACGGCAUCGUGGUUAUCGAUGAAUGUCCUGGAGUCGGUAUCAAAGACAUACGCAGUUUCGGGAACGUUUCUCUGGCUCAUCACCUGACGGUCAUGAAGGAGCUGGUCAGACGUGAUAAGAAUCAUCCCUCUGUGGUCAUGUGGUCUGUGGCCAAUGAGCCGGCGGCUGAAAUGCAACCCGCUGAAUUUUAUUUCAAGGAGCUUGUGUCUUACACUAAAUCUUUGGACUCGACUCGACCCGUGACCUACAUCACCGACAGCAACUACGCCAGAGAUAGAGGGGCCCCGUACGUGGACGUUAUCUGUGUGAACAGCUACUUCUCGUGGUAUCAUGACCCCGGUCACACAGAGGUCAUCAGCAUCCAGCUUAACACUCAGUUUGAUAACUGGUAUGGAAAAUACCAGAAACCCAUAAUACAGAGCGAGUACGGAGCAGACGCCGUGUCUGGCCUGCAUAGCGAUCCGCCCAUGAUGUUUACAGAGGAAUAUCAGAAAACAGUCCUGCAGAACUACCAUGACGUGUUCGACCAGAAGAGGAAAGAGUUUGUGAUUGGAGAACUCAUCUGGAACUUCGCUGACUUCAUGACGGCUCAGAACAUUAUGCGGGUGGUUGGGAAUAAGAAGGGAAUCUUCACCCGUCAGCGGCAGCCCAAAGCCGCAGCUUUUCUCCUGAGAGAGCGUUACUGGAGGAUCGCCAAUGAGACGGGUGUGUUGCCCACCUGGACCAGAUACCCCUGCCCGUGAGCUCUUCUCGUACCGUGAGAGAUGAAUGGUGAAAUGACUGCAUCUGAAGUGAGAUGUGACUUAUUUUACCUGCACAUGUGAAUCGUGUUAUAAAGUAUUAAAAUGUUGUUUCGUAUUUGUGCGAUUGUAUAAUGAAUCCAUAUGCUGUUUAUCUCGUGUAAAGACACUCUGAAAGGCAGAAACACUAUCAGAACAGGAACAUCUUUCCAUUAAGAGACUUUACCAGAUUACCAUUGCUUGUGUUUUACUUUUCCAUUGGAUUCAAUUGUGCGAAACGUCGUGGUCACAAAAGAGAAAAACAUCUGCUCAGUUUGAAGUACGACGCCUUUCAUUUACACUGAUUUAAAUGAAAUAAUUGUAAAAACAUUACUGUCAUCUCUCUGGAUGAUUGACUUUCAUGAUAUACAUUUUCAUGACAAUGAAAGUUCUUUACACAUACAGUAAUGUUGAGAUGAAAUGUGUCCAAGAGGAGUUUUCUGUUAUUCAGGCCUUGUCACACUGUUUAUCUGUGACUUUUGAUAAGAAGUGUUGUGGGUUGUUUGUCUGGCUGUGAUCAAUGCUUUGUCCAUUAAGAGCGAGAGUGAAAAAAGAGAGAGAGGUCUUUGUUUUGUUAUUUAAAGCAGAUGAAUCCUUAAUAUUUCAAACCUUCUCAGGAAUGAUGUCAUGACUUCAACACACCAAAAUAAAUCACGUUCCACAAAA